GUUUACAGGCGGUCAGUUCGAAAUAAUCCUAGUCGGCUCGCCGUACGCUAAUUCUGUGCUUAAUUAUACCCUAUUUGGCUAAUGGUCUGCUAGGUGAAAUAUGCUAAAAUUAUAGUUAUGCCACGUUAUUGUUGGUGCUUAUUUCAAGUCUGUGCACAUUAUGUGGAAAAUUUCGGUGAAUUAUAAAGGAUUGCUUUGAUUCCUAAGUUUCCGGUUUCAAAAGAGUUAAGAAAGCUUAUGAUUGUCCGAUUCUACUAGGUUUAUUCCCUAUUUUCUUGUCGUUUGAGUCGAUCUUGAAGCCUUACGAUUUUAAGUUCGGUGAUUUGCCCAAGGGAACUGAAUAGAGGAGAUAAUGACUAACACAAGAGAAACAAAGUAGACAUUCCUCAAAAUGAGGGUUAGUAAAAAAUACAUGACCAUGAAAUAUCCUUUUUCGUCUGUUUAGGGGAAAUGGUGAGACAUUCCUCUCUUUUUGUCGCAGUGGUCAUACUAUGUGUAGUUUAGUGUUUUUCGUGUUUGCCUCGGUUUUGAGUUAGCCAAGUGAUGUAUUGAGUUUGGAGUUAUUACAUAUAAUGCUGUGGAAAGCCUCUUUAAAUCCAGCACAAUGGGAGGUAGGUCUCACUCUCAAGUCAGACAGAGGUCGUCUCAACUAUUUACUCGUCGUACGGCUUAUGCCAUCAACCAGAGAUUCUUAACUAACUAUAUCCUGGGCUUUCAUUCACAGUUGUUGCCAAAUGCUAUUCAUGACCUUAAUAUUUGCCUUUGAUUCUCAGCGUCACGUGUCCUGUGGUCUUCACCUUUUUCUUCCGUCUUGAGGAUUCCAUGUCGGGUCUUGUUUUGUGUAGUUUAGUGGUUUCCUCAGUGUCUUAUCCACCUCCAGAGUCUUUCCCUGAUUCCCCCCUCGACUAGAAGCUGAUUUUUUCUCUGCUACAGCAGAUUAUUACUGAUGCUCUCUAACCACUGGAUCUUGAGUAUCUUGUAUGAACAGCUUCAGUUUGGGCACCUGGGCAGUAUCCCAGCCCUCACACAAAUCAAAUGAGAUUUGUGCGGCGCAUAUGUAUCUGGUGCUUCCUUGUACUAAUAUUUAUGUGUUUAAAUAAAUAAAUGUAUGAACAGCUGUUUAUAAGCACUCGUACGGUUUUUGUGAUAAUACGAAAUAUAGCAACAUAAGAUGGCAACUCUUCCCAUCAGCACCUAGUGUGUGGUUUAUCUGUAGCUCCCGCAUAGCUACGACUCAAAGCUUGGCAAGCCAACCUACUUUAAAUCGGUUGCUAUUAUUUUAUCAAAUCAUCCCGAGUUUCGUCCAUCUCCAGUAUUUCUUUAUUUUCCGCUUUGAAGAAGUGGAUGUACGUUUGUAAGAACUUUUGCAUUCAGGAAAGUGAGUACAUAGUUUAUCCACCCUUUCUGUCUUUGAUCGCUAAAUAUUUGAUUGUGUUGCAUAAGCCUUUUUUCUACUGUUGUUGAAAAAUUUUAAGGGGUUCCAAGUAAAAGAUAGUAAGAAAUUGAUUGAGAAGAGAUAAGAGCAUCUUGUGAAUAACUGUUGACUGACAUUUGUAAAAUUUUGUCUACUUAUGUUCUCUCUGGCUUAAGGAAACUCGUAAUCUCGUUCACACUAAUAAAAAAUUAAAUGAUCAAUUGAGGCAGACUAUGGCAAAUUAUUUUAUGGUUUCUAACUUGUGAUCUUUGCUGUUCCGUUGCUCUGUUAGAUUAUGGGGACAUGUGAGUUUUAUCAUUCUUUCCCUUCGGAAUCUAAGGACAACGACCAAAUAGUCAAUAAUUUUCCUAUUACAGAAUCGAACGUUUUGCAUGUAGUUAUUUCAGAAUCAGAACUAACAGAAUUACCAUUACCAACUUAUGUUUGCGAGUUAUGUGGAAUCAAAGUGAAAACCAAAGCUAACUUGCGGGCUCAUCAGAUUAAAACUCAUAAGAUCAUGAAGAAUGCAAAAGACGUGGCAUUUUAUUCCAAACAAAGGUAUAAUGUUAGUUAUAUCUAUCAUUGCCCUAUGGCUACAUGUAAACACAAUAUUGGUUCAGGCGGUGGAUUCAGCACUUACUGGAGAUUAAAGCAGCAUUACCAGCAUGUUCAUAUGCAGAAAAGUUACCAGUGUAACAAAUGUAAUCAUUUCUUCCCUACUCCCUCAUAUCAUGCCUAUCAUCAAAAACUAUGUGGAGCAACAUAUUCUUGUUCAGUUUGUUUCAGGUCUUAUUCAAGUAAAAAGCACUUACUUCAGCAUUACCGAAGAAGUGGACACAGUAACACUUUAUCUCAUAAUUCCAUUCCUAAAGUCGAAAAUACUCCAAACAGAUCGCCUUUGAAGCAUACAUCAAUUCCAAGCUUGUGUGUUACACGUAAUCCUAUCCCUCCUAGUGGAUCAUGUGGUCCAUUAGUUCUUCCACUUCUUAUUGUACCAGUUCCUGUACCUAACGUAAGUGAUGUGAAUGUAGAAAAUGUAAACAAUGCUUUGGGAUGUUUGAAUAUGAAUUUUUUAUAUACAAGCGCUCUUUCGGCUCUUCGUACAAUUUCAACACAAAUUUUUCAGAAUCCAAAUUUCCAGGUUAAUCUCUCGGAGUCUGCAAUAAAUUCGAGCGAUACGUCAGUGGUUUUAAAACCAAAUUUAGGAAAUUUCUGCAGUGUUUACACAGUCCCUGUAAGCAAUUCUUCCUUGGAGGCCUCAACACAAACUGAACAGUUAUAUACACCGAACACUGUAUCACAACCAUGCUCUCAUACACUCCGGACACAUGAACUUGUGUCUGUUAACACAUGUACCGAUGAGGAUGACAUCAGUUCAUUCAUUGGUGGUCUCUUCUGUAAUGCUGCAGUAGAAGCCAAUCUUCCUCAGUCAAGUACAAUAUGUGACAACUACGAAGUUAGACAAGAACGAAAGCUGUCUUACGAGACCAAACAGAUAACGUUGGGUCCACUCAAUGAACAUCACUCUUCAUCAAUAAAGCCAGCCAAGAACUCCGUUCAGUCGAGCAACUACACCUCUCUUACUGGGUGCUCAAAUAGUGUAAUGGAUCAGGAAAUUCAAGCGCGGUUACUACCGUUACGUGAAAACGCUGCUAUGCAAACCGAUGUUAUGGAAAAUUUAAAUGCUGAAAUUGCUACUGACUGUCCUCAUUCCGAUCGUAGUACUUACUAUACUCCAAGCAGAAUGCUUGAAACACCACCUCCUCCUAUGCUGCAAAGUACUGUUUCACUUGGAACUCAUUUAAGUACUGCAUGCCAAACUUUACAUCGUUUGUUGAAUGAAGCAAAAAUUUCAGACAGCCAAUCUCCUCUUAUGGAAAUAUUAAACAUGGAUGCAACAACAGAUUCUGGUACUCAGGCUUGUGUUAAUGUGAUAAAUUAUUCCGGUUAUGAUUUACCUGGUUCGACGGAUCCAAUGUUACAAUGCUCUUCAUCUACAUCAUCUAUCAAAACUUCUGUGCAAACUAAUACUGUACCAACUUCCUGUGAUAAUUCACAAUAUUGUAAUUUGAACACUGUGGAAACAACAACACAGCAUGAUUGGUCAGCGAAUGUAGAUUUCACUCACAAUCAAACUCAAACAAUUGAUGAAGAUAUAGAAUUGUGGUUGAACAGUGUUGAAACACAAACAAAUCUAGCGUUAUUUGAUCCCAGCUUCUUCUCAGAUAUAUGUGUUGGAGUGGAUGAUGAUUUUUUCCAGUCCUAGUUCAUCCUACAAAAAUAGUUUGUUUUAUUCAAGACUCUUGUUAUCACUACAUUUGUGUACCAUUUGUAUCAUGUUGACUAGCUUGAUAUCAGUGGUUUUACACCCCUUGCUACCAUAUCAAUGCACACAAAAGAUAUAUAUAUAUAUAUAUAUAUUCAGUGCACUUACCAUAAUUAUUUCUUUAUUUCGCAUAUUUCUAAAACAAAAUUUAUAGUCUCUUUUUAUUGGUUUAUCAUUUUGAUUUUAAUCUUGUGUUUGUUUUUUGUUUUGCUUUGAUUAUUUUAUAUUUGUAGAAAAUCCGUACACCAUAUUUAGUCAUUGGUUUUAUUAACCCUGCUGCCUGCAGCUCGAUAAAGUAUACUCAUUUUACUUUUUCAUAUCUUUUACUUUAUCGAUAUGCUACUAACGCACUUGUUCAUAUAUUUCACUAGUUUAUAAAAACGAUUUUUUUACAGUUUUUUUUAAUUCAAAUCUAAUACGUUGGAGUUAGGAUAUAUUUAUCACUCAAUAACUGUGUAGUAUCAUUUCAUGUGAUUUACUUUUAUUUUACUGGCAUACAGUUACAUAACUGUCUCGCAAGUGUAGAGAAAUUCGACUACUUAAGGAAGUAGUUUAGAAUCUAAUAUGUUUUAAGUAUUACCAGCUAUUGGAAAUUAUUAACUUAGUACUUAUUACUGAUAAGUAUUUAGUUAUUGUGGGAAGUAAACGUCAC